AUGUCCGACCAGCGCAAGCUGCCCCAAGUGCAGCAGCAACCCCAGCCAUACACUGUCCUGUCGGAAGGGAGACAGAGACUCGUUCUGGGCUUGAUCACGGUUGCGGGUGUCUUUGGCCCUCUGGCGGGCAAUAUCUAUCUGCCCGCCUUGCCAGUCCUGGAGCAUGCAUUUCAUGUCACCAAGACCGAGAUUGAUGUGACAGUCACGGUUUUUAUGGUCGUUUUUGCUUUUGGACCCUUGUUCUGGUCCGGCUUCGCGGACCGCCGCGGACGACGACCGUUAUACCUGAUCUCGAUCUUGAUUUACAUCGGGGCGAAUGUCCUACUGGCAGCCUUGCCCGCUAACUAUGGCGCCUUGAUCGUUCUUCGACUCCUACAGGCAUUUGGAUCAUCGGCUGUCGUCUCGAUGGGCGCGGGGACUGUGGCGGAUAUCGUCGAACCCAAAAAGCGCGGUCGAGCAAUGUCCUACUUUCUCUUCGGACCACAAUGUGGCCCGAUCAUAGGGCCCUUGCUGGGAGGGGCCAUCGCGGGAAACACCUCCUGGAGAUGGAUAUUCGGGUUUCUCACAAUUUCUGGCACAGCACUAUGGCUCCUCCUCCUCCUGUACCUCCCAGAAACCCUCCGCGCCCGGGUCGGCAACGGCAGUCUCUACGAAGGCAAAAGCUGGAUUCUCUGGCCUCCUCGGUGGACAUGCCCGCCAGCUCCGGAGCAUGAACGAGGACCACUCCCUCCGAAGCCCACCUUACGAGGAUACUGGCGUCUAUUCUCCUACCCCCCGAUUGGGAUCGCCUGCAUGAACACCGCGCUGCUGUACUCCUCCUAUUUCUGCAUCGCCAUCCAACUCCCCACAGCCCUCCAAGACGUCUACCACUGGUCGACCAGUGCCGUUGGCGCGGGGUAUGUCGUCGUCGGCGUGGCGAUGGUAAUAGGCUCUCUGGCAGGGGGCCGGUUCUCGGACUGGCAACGGAGGCGGCUGGUCCAGAGGGUCGGCGAGGACAAGGUGACACCUGAGUCACGUCUAGGUGAUCAGAUCUGGGGUCUCGGAGUCGCCUCGGCGGGGCUUAUUCUGUUUGGGUUCUUUGUAAGGGAUGCUGUGCAUCCGGCUGCCACGCUCAUCUCGACUUUCUUUGUCGGCUUCGGCAUGUCCUGGAUGUUCGUCGCCUCGAAUGCCUUUUUGACCUCGUGCGUGGCUCAUCAAGCGGCUGGCGCCUUUGCCUUGGGGAAUAUGCUGCGCAGCCCCGGGGCUGCGGUCGCUGCGGUGGUGAUUGGGCCGUUGAUGCAGAAGAUGGGAUGGGGAUAUUGUUUUCUAGGGUUGGGGUUUUUGAAUCUGAUUGGGGUCGGGGGCAUGUUGUUGGUGCUAAGGACGCAAUCGCCUCGUUGGCGGAGGGAGAGAGAGAUGAAGAUGACGAGGAGUUGA